AAUUGGAAACGCUCAGUUUCUUUACAGUGGUCUAUUUUCUCUUGUUAAUUCAGUUAUAAACAAUGCCCGCGGGAACAAAGUAUAGCGACUGCUGAUAGCAAAUUUAUCGCAAAAUGUGGUCGUUUUCUUUCCGAGGGGAUCUUAAUUCCUUUCGUCGUAUUAUAAACAGCCAUAACGCUGACAUUCACCACAAACACCUCUGGUUGUUAAAAACUAAGAAACUGUUAAACUUAUUUAACGUUACGUUUUUGGUCAUUAUUCUGUUAAAGAACUCCGGCACGAUAGGGAUUUGACUGAACUUUUACAGGGAAUAGAUUGAGAUGACCUUCUAAUCUUUUCGACUCGGUUAGUUUAGUUUUUGAGUCCCGCCUGACAUAUCUGCAAAACAGCAUUGGUCGCUAAUUGUAUCGAUUCUAUUUGUAAUAAUCUGCAAUUUCUUCGUGGACUUGAACGGCCCAACGUUAAUGCUGUGGAACACGGCAAACAAAUUCUCUCAUUGUUUGAGCUAUCGUCGAUCCGAUGAAGAUGAUUUUAUCUCAAAACGCCCAGUUAAUUACCACAAGCUCGCGUUCUGUCCCCGACGUCAGAUACAAAAUGUCAUAGUGACCUGUGAUUUAGGAACAGAUUGAUGACCUGAUCAUAAACAAACAGGUGUCAUGGCCAACCUGUCAACGAUAAACAGCCAUCGGAUUGUACUCAUAAAGAAGAGAAUUCUCACCAACAAUCGCUUUUGCUCCAAAAAAUUUUAACAAAAGGAAAAAUUAUCUCGUUAAAUCACCCGCGAUUUACUAAUUUUCCCCAAAAAAGCAAAGGUGAAAGACGUUUGAGCGCAUGCGUUCUCAACAAGCUUGCAUACCAGGGAGAUGACAUAAUUACGUAAGCUGGAGGAUGACUUUAUGAAAACAGCAUUUGCACGCACCGCCGGCCUGUCAUAAUUUUGAAAAAUUAGAAAAUUCUCUCCGUCCAAGCUGACGGUCAGUUUGUCUGCUCGAUUUGCUGGUCACCCGAGCAGUCUACCUGUGACUUAAUAUUACGAGUUCGUCAACAAAACUGGCAAAAGCCGAGCAGUAAGCAAACGGCAAUUGUGCCGAGGAGCCCUUUCUUCCACAUUUAACAGUCAAAAUAUGACGCUGCAACUGACAGCUUUGACCACGAUAUUAAUUGUCGCUUUCGCCGAGUGUAAGCUUAGCGAUGUCCCCGACAAUGUUCAGCUUCAAAAGGAUUCGGACAUCAAUUUAAUGGAAGUCUUAGAGAGCCUUGCGCCUGUCCCUAGCGAGGAAGUGGUAGCUAUAAGACCCAAGGGAGAGGGAAUAGAGAGAUUCAGACGACGAGUGGAACCUGCUAGUGGAGUGUCAUCUCUUCCAGAUCUUCCAGAUCUCCCAGCACCCCAAGAAAAUAACUCGAUCUUCAGCCAGAGACCGUUUUCUGACAGUGGAGCUGCGCCUCCCUCGGGAGAAGGUGAAUGGGACAGUGGACAUGCUGCGUCGUCAAAAACAAAGAAAAGCGUAAUCACUGGAGAGGAUGCUUCUGGUUCUGGGGAGGGAUCAGGAGUUGUAGAACAGGAGAAAGCCAAACCUGUUGAAGAAGAUAAACCAGUUGUGUUGAAACCCUCCAACUCUGCUACUGAGUCCACCUCAGCUAGCGAAGAGGAAGGUAGUGCUGUGACUACAUCAGCUGUAGCUGCCGAUACGUCGGAAAAUUUUUCUGAACCACAACCGCCACCGGUCGCCAUUUCACAUAACGCCGAAACAAAACAAACCUCCGCUGAUGUUGCUGGCACCGCGUCCUUCAACGCCGCGGAGCCUGAGGAAGCUUAUUCCGCCCAGCAGUUGUCACUGACAAACAAUACCGUAUCGAAUCAAACCAGCAAUGCAAACAAUGAGUCGGCUACUGUACCAGUUACCGAGGAAGAAGGUCAACAAACAAGUGCUAACGGUGAUCACACACCUGAAUCCAGUGGAUUAGCAGAAGGAGCUCAUCCUGUUACAUUUGCCGAUUCUAAUCAGGAACAUGUAGCAUCAGGAUCAGGGGAAACAGAGGAGUCAAGCGGGGGUGGAGUGAAUGCGGAUGAACUUGCCUUCAUUGCUGGUCUUCAAAAGGCAAAGAAGCAACAGGGCACGGUACCGCAAACACCAAAGAGGACAAAACUCCCAGGUAGCAUAGGAAACGACGAAGAUGACAGCGACGAUGAUAGUGAUGAAGUGAGUGGAGAUGUCAGUGGAGAGCAAUCUGAUUCCAGUGCAAGUGGCAGCCAAGAAGAUGAGACCGCCUCCUCUGGCUCAGAUGAUGUUCAGGACGUCAAGGGUCACCAGAGGUCGGAUACGAGACAUGCACUUUGGGAAAAUGAUUCACGAGAAGAGGAUGACGCUUCAGCUUAUUCUUCAGGCUCGGCCUCUGACGAAGAUGAAGAUGAUGACGAUGAUGACGAUGAUGAAGAUGAUUCAGGAGAGUCCAGCGCUGACGAAGUAGAAAGAAGAGACACCAUAGUUGAUGUGGCUAGUGGAUCUGGAGUAAGCUUCCUUUCGGGCGUAGGCCAAUCCGAACAUGAUGAAGGCUCUUCAGAAAGCUCCGGGGAAGAUGAUGAUCCAGGGGAUACCUUGCCAGGCAGCAUUGGCGAAGUAAAUGACAUUGAAAAACUCGAGCAGAAACCUGCAGAACCAGUGAUUGCAACUGGCUUUGCCUUUUCGUCUGGAUCCGGUGAACCUGUGGCAAACAACGUGAAGCAAGCGGAUACGUCAGGUUCUGGUUUACCCGAGGUAGCUAAAGCCCAGGAUUCAAAGAUAAAAUCAGUGCAAGAUAAAAUACCGUCAAAGCCUUCCACUGUAUCAAAAGUGUCAGGGGAAGCCCAACUUCCGGGCAGUUUUGGUGGUAUAACCGACAUUGAGAAACUUGAAUCAGACGACCGUGCUGAUGCAGCUUCUGAUGCGUCUGGUUCAGGAGAGUCUACUCCAAGCCUGGUAAACUCGGGCAGUCAAUUAAGCUCAGAGGAAUCUUUAUUGCAACAGGUUUUGCCAAGUGCUUUGUCGGGAUCUGGGGAGUCGGAAAAGCCAGAAGAAAGUCUCCCAGGAAGUAUAGGGGGACAGAUUAGUAUGGCUGAGGUAGACGAUUCCUCCAACUCGGGGUCUGGAGAUGAAGCUGUGAAGAUAGUCAGUCCUACGUCAGGUACGGGUUCGGGAGAAAGUCCAAAGACCCGUUCUCAUGUUGCUGUUGUAUCCGUCGCGCAACAGUCGCACAGUUCUGGAUCAGGAAGCGACGAACAGCUCAGCGGCUCUGGAAUUGCUGACGACCUUCAGUCUUUAGUGUCUUCAUCAGAGGACGAGACUCUUCCAGGUAGUGUUGGAGCUGUGGGUCCUAACCUCAUGACCAUGGCUUCUCCGGAAAACAAACCAGGCUCUGGCAUGGCAGACCAGUCAGGUUCUGGCUCGGGAGUUGGCUCUGGGCUACAUGAAGAAGACAAUUUGAUGAAGACAUUUCAGUUUGCCGAUAAUUCUGGAUCAGGGUCAGGGCAAGUGGAAAACGAUGAAGCUGCAUCACCAAAUACGAUAGAAACAACAAAGGUCUCCGAACCAGUCACGGCCUUCACAUAUCAAAAUAAUGUCUCUCAGUCAGCCAAUUCGACGAUCAUUUUGCAGACGAAGCCUUCAAGUGAAAAGGCAGAAGGCAGUAGUGGGGAAUUUGGACUUCUCAAAUCCCUUCAGCCUUCCCAAGGAUCUGGUGCUGUCGAGGAGCCGUUACCAGGUGGAUUUGGUAACGGAGAUAGCGCCGACAUCCAAUCUCUGGCUGGAUCUGGAGGGGAGGAUGCUUCUGGCUUCACUUUUCAGUCUGGAUUUGGAUCCUUCCUCGAUGAAGGAAGCUCUGCAUCUGGAUCAGGAAGCCUCGACGUGGCAUCUGGCGUAUCAGGUAGUAGCAGCAGCGGCAGCGGUAAAAUUUCUUAUGACUCAAAUGAACUCGAAAUGUUGGCGAAAAAGGACUAUGCCCCAACAGUUUCAGCAUCAGCAUCAGCAUCAGCAUCAGCAUCAGCAUCAGCAUCAGCAAGCGCGGAACAGGACAGUGGAUCAAGUUCUGGAUCGGGCUCUCAACCAUUACCAGUGGCCAAGCACACUUAUCUGCCAACGCCCAAGAAAGUAGGAAAAGGGAUUUCGUCCACUACGUUGGCUGCAUCUGCAUCUGCAUCAGGAUUUUCUUCUUCUGGUCAGUCAGAUUCUGGCGCAAGUGCACUUCCAGGCAGUGUUGGAAUCGAGGAAUCUUUUUCGUCCUCUGGAUCGGCAAUCUUCGACACUUCUGGGUCAGGAUUUAUCCCCAACAUUGCUGAUUUCCCACAGGAAGAUUUACUGAACACAGAAGAGGCUUCGGGUCCUGAAGAGGUCAACGUAGUUGAGUCCGGGGCCGGGGAGGGGUCUGGUGCGCAAUCUUCCGGUGACCAAGGCGUCGAGGAGACAACCGUUCGUUCUCGCACUGGUAAGGUGAAACCUAUUGGUUUCAACUUAGCCUCAGGACUUCAAGCUGAUAUCGUACCAGCAAACUUGGGAAAGAUACCUCUGAAACUGGGUGUCGGAUCAGGUAGUACUUACGGCUUAGGAUCUGGGGCUGGGAUCGAUUACGGCUCCGCCUCGGACUUCCUGUCUGGCUCGGCUGGCAGCGGUACCCUGGAGCUGACUCCGGCUACUAAUCCUUCUGAAGCUAUUGUGAACCUGUUCGGUAGCGCAUUCAGCCCGGCUGAGAAGGAGGCAGACAGUGGGUCGAGUAGCAUUGUGGAGGACGGAUCAACAGUUAAACAUCAAAAGCAGGGGAAGAACAGGCAUCUGAUACCGAGCAGUGGCAACGAUGAGAUUGCUCCCUAUGAAGACAAGGAACAAGUUGAAUAUGAUCUGCCCAAGCCAGGAGAUACAGUGGAUCAACAGCUGUUGGACCGCUUUAUGAUCAGUCAGAUCCUAGAACAGAAUCUCACGUUAUUCUAUGGUGGACUUGCCGGUCGCCCGGGUAAACAAGGCUCUGUUGGUCCCCCAGGAGCACCCGGCAUGCAGGGUAUGUCGGGCCCCAUGGGUCCCCCUGGUCCACUUGGUGAAGUAGGUGCCCCGGGUGCUGACGGGGAAUCCGGUCCACUUGGUCCCCCUGGCCUUCCCGGCCCGCCUGGUUAUAAAGGGGAGCAGGGACCACCGGGUCUCAUGGGAUUAGCCGGAGAACCAGGGGCUCCCGGAAUUCCGGGGCCUUUGGGAGAUAUGGGACCUACUGGUCCGGAAGCUGUGAUGCCGAAUUGCUCUUACAUCUGCGAAGGAGAGAAGACUUGGCUCCAGUGUAAGCAGUAUGAGACUAUCAAAGUAAACCGCGCUUUUUGGGGACGAGAAGAAAACGCAUUCUGUCCUGAGGCCCCAGUUGGUCUCGAUGCGGACAAAGUUUGCGAGACUGAUCCAGACAACACGUUUAAGAAAGUUGAAAGCCAGUGUAGGCACAACCAAGCUUGCGAAAUCGUGGCUUCAAACACGUUCUUCGACGAUCCAACGUGCAAGAACACGUUCAAGUAUCUAAAGCUCUGCUAUGAAUGUAUUCCGGACGAGGUACAUGCAACUGAUGUUUUACUCGAUAUGGGAAAACGUAGGAAGAGAGGAACUCGUCUCGAAGACAUUCUCAGAAAGCGAAGAGAAAAAUCUAGAGACAAACUGUUGAACGAUCUGUGGAAACAUCCAUACCACGGGAAUGUUGUGUAAAUGGCUGUUUUCAAGAUUAGGACUUUUCUUCUGAGGGAUAGUUGUAUAUAGUUGAUAUCUUGGCUUACUUGGUCUUGUUAUUCAAUAGACGGGUCCAAGUCUAGUCCACACAAAGUAACAUUAUUCUGGGUUGGGGGAAUGGAUCAAGACUGAAGACAUACACUUAGUCACGCAGAAUCAAUGUAAUCUGUGAAACAUUUUCCUAUAGUUUCCUGAUCCAAAAACGCCGUUGAAUUCAUCCACAUAUACACAGCUAUCGCUGUUUUCAAUGAAAUGGCAAGAGUUUGGAUUAUUUUCUUGAUCAUUGUUUCAUAAUUGGUUUAGGAAGCGUAUAUAUCGACGGCUUUUUUAAAUUCGGAAAAGUAGCUGACAUGCAUGGUUACGAUGUAAACAGGUGCAUCACAACUUUUCCCCCGAAAUGACGACGUUUUCGUAGAAGAAAAGAAAGAGGAUUAAAUUUUCUGCCUUUACACUCAAGGCGUUUCAGGUCGAACAGAGCCGUUAUUAACAUAUAGCGGUGUUAAAAGAGUUGGCUCUUUCAUAUCUUUCAUUUUAUUCGGCCUUUAGAGGACAAGACUCGUUGAGACAAGUUGAAGAAAAUUUCUUCAUUGAAUCUCUCGGAAAUAGAGAAGUAUGAUCACAACUUCAAAACCUCUCGCAGAGAAGCUUAAGCAAUGAGAGAUUUUAUUCGUAGGUAAUAUAUAAUUGCACGUUAAAAAGUUCAAAUCCUUGAAAUGUGAGCAAAUUCCUACCCAGCUCGAGUAUGUUCACCGUUUUCCUUUCUGGGAAAAUACACAAAAUGAAUUCUUUCUGUAUAAUAAUGUGAUUAUUUUAUAUUAAAGACCUAGCUAUUAAGCUAAAUCAUUAGUAUUGUAAAUAAUAGAGACGUGUCGCCCUUGCGGUAAUUUGGAAAAACAGUUUCUGUCCUAGAAAUAUGUGGAUUGUCCAUAGUGUCACACUCAAACGUGUCGUGUACUUAACCUUGUAGUUCGUUGUUACAGAGGGGCAUGUAUGCGUCUAGGGUGUUUUUAAGAGCAUUUCCUAGAAUAAAAGGUUUCCAAGAAAAGUGA